CGGAGUACACACGUGCCGUACAGUUUUCCGACGCGCUCUCCACGCGGUUUGCACUUCGUAAUUAAACACGAUACCAACAUCAAAGACAAGAACUUUUUCAUAAGUUUUUAAACACAAUUAUCUAUAGUUCCAAGUAUUUAAACAUUUUCUAGUUUGUGAUUAGAUAGUGUAUUAUUGUCCUGUGAUCCGAGAAUAAAAAGAUCCACGAGAAGAUGAGCUAUCAUUCGAAGUUACGAAAAUGUCAAAAGAAGGGAUCACUUAAUUGAACGACAUUUUAGUGUACAAUGUCAGUUUAGUGUUGUGUUACAUUAAAACAGAAGUGAUACGUAAGUGUAUGUGAAAGUUCAUUAAUAUGGCGCUUCAAGGGCCUCUCCUGUUCUACGUAUUUACAACAUUAAUCACAGUUUGCACGAGGCAACCACUAACAACUGCACUAUUGACGAGCACUGAAGUUGGUACGGCGGUUGAAAGGACGCAGAGUAUGGGAACGAAUAGUACAAUGUUCGCUUGGAGCACGUGGGGUGCAUGGGGCGCGUGCUCUCGAACGUGCGGCGGCGGUGUGGCCGUGCAGGAGCGACAAUGUCUUCCUCGGGACCCCACAAGAUGGCGUCGCAGCAGGAAAAGAAGAAAGCUUACGAGAAGUGUUGAUUUCGUCCGGCGGUCUAGGAACAUCAUCACAAGACCGGAACCGGACUGUGCGGGCCUGGGGCGCCGCUACCACGAGUGCAACACCGCGCCAUGUCCUGGCAGCAAGCGGGACUCGAGAGCCGAGCAGUGUGCGGUAUACGAUCGCAGGCCCUUCCGCGGUCGCUUCUACACCUGGGUGCCUUAUGUCGAUGGUAAUGCUCCUUGCAUUCUCAACUGUAGACCUCGUGGUCAGCAGUUCUAUGCCUCAUUAGCGCUUGUAGCUGACGGUACGCCCUGCACUAAGCCGGGAUUCAGAGCAAUUUGCGUGCAAGGAAGCUGUAAGGUGGUGGGCCGCGAAAGUGUCCUAGCUUCAACGGCUAAUCGCGAGCUACGGUGCGGCCGGCGACUGGUGUCGGGGCUGUUCACGCGGCCGCGGCUGCCGCUCGGCUACUCGCAUGUCGCCACCGUGCCACGCGGCGCCUGUCGCCUCAACGUCUCCGAGAUACUGCCCAGUGACAAUUAUAUCGCGUUGAGGGUGACGAAUGGGUCUUACAUUGUAAACGGAGACUUCGCUGUGAGCGCGCCGGGAACAUACGAAGCGGCGGGCGCGAGAUUUCUCUACUCACGUAAUGCUGGUCUCGAUAAUGUUUUCGCCAUGGGACCUGUACAUCAAUCUAUCGAUAUUAUGGUGUUAUAUACGCAACCAAAUCCAAACAUAAAGUACGAAUACUUGACUGAUUCACCUCCCGACGAUACUUCGAACGACAUCCCGACCACGAGCGUACACCAUCAGACUGCACGGCAUCAUCGCCACCAUGCCGAUUCACAUACCAGGGCUCUUGACAAGUCUGAACCGUCCCUAGCCAAGCAGCCAGAGUUCUCCUCGGUAGAGAGCCAGUACCAAAUAGACAGCAACGUUAUUGAAGACAGAAAGUUUAUCUGGAAAGUAGUAUCGUUUACGCAAUGUACGCGUACAUGCGGCGGAGGGCUGCAGAUUGGUAAAUACAAGUGCGUGGAAGUAGGCGAUAAAGAUCGGGAAGUGUCGCCAGCACAUUGCUCUGGCAGCUCUCCGCCUGCACGGCGCAGACGCUGCGGCACUGCACCUUGCCCGCCAAGGUGGAGGGCCGCCGCUUGGGGACCCUGCCCUGUCUGCGGUCCUGCUCAUCGUACCAGAAUUGUUGGCUGUGUACAAGAUCAUGCUAGAGGAAUUACUAAGAUAAGCGAUCAAAAAUGCCCUCUACCGAUGCCACCGAGCAGUGAGCCGUGUGACAUUCCGAACUGUGACGGCACGGCUGUUAAGACGAGUACGGAAGCUCGUUUAGACUCGAGGCGUCAGGUGCGCCCCAAAGAUCGCACGGAGACCUUCCGAGAGGGACCGGUCGUAUCCCUCGCUGCGAACGCGACGGAGAACGAAGUUACACCUACCAUGGAGUCGUCGUCAUUUAGUUACAGCGCACCUGGAGGAUGGCUUUACACUGAAUGGUCUGAGUGUGUGGGGUGGUGCGUGGGUGGCGGCGUGCAGUCCCGAGGCGUGCGCUGCGCGGACCCCACCGGCUGCUCCUCUCACAGAGCACCGCACCCGUCACAAGCCUGUACUCCCAGGAAGCAGUGUGAUGCGCAAUGGUUUACUGGCGAGUGGUCACCAUGCUCGGCGGCUUGCGGCGGCCGUCAAGUGCGCGGUGUGAUCUGCGUGGGCGGCAACGGCAGAAGACUGCGCGACGGUUCCUGCCGCACACCACGCCCUGAAGCUGAACGGGCCUGCGGAGGGACUUGUGCGCCCUCUUGGUAUCUUAGUGAUUGGGGAGAGUGCUCUGGUCCUUGUGAGGCAGGCAUCCAAAGCCGUACCGUAUGGUGCCUGCGUGGCGGUGAAGCUGGAGCUAGCGGUGCCGCUAGGGACGCUGCGUGCGCCGGGCUACGGCCGCCAGCGCGCCGCUCCUGCGUUCCUCCACGAUGUACCACCAAGCCUGAAGUCAAGCCUGCUGUUAUCGCGCCUGUGUCUGUUACAGAUCCUCAAAGAGUGACGAGACACCAAAGCCAUAACACACAGAACUUCAAAGAACGAUCGCCGGCGCAAGGUGCGUGUGCAGAUAAGCUGAGUAACUGCAUGCUGGCGGUGCAAGCGCGGCUCUGCCAUUAUCCAUACUACGCCGACUACUGCUGCCACUCCUGCCACGGACGAUAGACAUAUUACUAUUAUGGUAAUGCGUGCGGUGGAAAGCUAGUAAGGAAGCGACUACACGGUGUUAGACCUAUGACUCAUAGUAUUGUGAUAUGUAAUGGACGCAUAGUGAGUUCCAUGAUCAGUGAAAUACCAAACUAGACGCACGAGAAAGCAGCAUUUGUCAUUUAAGGCUCUGUAAAACCUCUAUGUUCUGUAAGUCCUUACCUUAUUGUAAACGCAUAACGAUAGGGUAAUAUGGAAGGACCUUAAAUGAAACAAAUGUCGAUCUAAACAGCCAUACACCUAAUAUUUAAUUACGCUGUUUCUAACCUUAACGCUAUUGAGUAAGGUUCAUAAUAGCUUACGCAUUUUAAUAUAUGUUAUGCGAUUUUAUUAUACAUUUAGUUUCAAUAGGUAUUAGGAAUAGUGUCGUGAUCUCUAGACUAUAGUUGAUUUAUAAAGUAGAUCUGUCAAACUGUUCGAAUCAAUUCUAAUAUUAAAAUAAGUUUAAACGUUUUCAAUUUAAACGUGGAUGUAUUUUAAUAUAUCUAGUGUACAUUUUAUUGCGUUUAUUUUUAAAAACAAAGAUAAAGAAAACAAUAUUUGUUUAAAUCUUUAUAGACUUUCAAAUUUGAAAAAAUAUCUUGACGUAUCAAAUUCAUAAUUUGUCAGAUAAAUAUUACAAUGUAAUUAACAAAAGUGGUAGUGUUUAAAAGUAUAUUAAUAAACGCGAUAAAAUCCAUUGUAUUCCGCUUUUAAAUAAUGUAAAGAAGCUCAUUUUAUCACAAUUAUCAAAAAGAAUUUCGAAUAAAAUUGUAUUUUAAGAGAUUAAAAAUGUAUUAUAAAAUAUUUUUAUUAGUUUUUAUAUUAGCAAUGUUUCUUUGUGUCUGAAGUUUGCCACAGAAUAGAACGCACGUCACACGGAGUGAGCAAGACGGAUAUACACGAGAACCAAAGUAUGAAAGAGAAGGAAGAUACACUAACUUCAGACGCAAUGAAGAUACGUAACGCGUAUAACUGCAUGAAUGUAAUUCAUAGGAUCUUAGUCUAUGCGACAUAGAAUAGAAAAUUAUAGUAUUCUUUAUUAAUGUAAAAUUAAAAACAUAUGUUUUAUUAUGGUGUGUAUUUCUUAGAAACUAUUUUAAUAUGUGUUCAUAUUUAUUUACGCUGUUUUCUAUAUUAUUCUAUAAUUUGUAAUAUUAUUAUAGAAUUUUGUAAAUAGUUUCAUGAAUAGUGCAUUUAUUUACUGGCUGUUCAUAGCGUAUAGUCAACAAUAGUCAGUGGUGUUAUAUCAAAAUGAAAUAAAUCAAUUUCGAAUAGGAUAAUAUGUUUUUAUUUACGGUUUUUAAUUAAAUAUAUCUGUACUAAUCAUGCAUAUAACAACGUACAAAAAUAAAAAAAGCU